AUGGAUAGAGGAGAAGAGGAGGCUCCAAUUGCGGGAAGCCAAGAUGGCAAUGUGAAUGAUUUACAGUAUGAAGCAAAUAAUCAUCAUGUUGGCGAUGUAGAAAUAUCCCUGCUGUCAUGCUCUAAUGACGUUGAUGAUGUUUACAUUCUCCAAGUGUCGAAAAACUUAAAACCAACGGUUGGACAAGAGUUUAUAUCGAUAGAUGAGGCACUUGAGUUUUACAUUAAGUAUUUAAAAGAGGCAGGAUUUAGUGUUUGUAAAAAUUCCAGUAAGAGACGUAAAGGUACCAAUGAAGUUAUAAGGAAAGAAUUCGUUUGUUAUAAAGAAGGAGAAUCUUCUAAAAAGGGCGAGAAUAUUGGAUGUGUGAAGAAGGAUAUUUAUAACUACAAAGCUAAGUUGGGUAAUGAAAUGUGGGGACAAGAUACAGAACUAUUGAAGGAAUAUUUCCUAACAGAGCAAGAAAAGGAUCCAUCAUUUAUGUUUGAAAUAGAUGCAUAUGAUAAAUGUAAAUUGAAGCGUUGUUUUUGGUCUGAUUUGGUUUGUAGAAGAGCUUAUGGAUGUUUUGGUGAUGUAAUGGUAUUUGAUACAACUUACAACACUAAUCAGUAUGGUAUGAUAUUUGCACCUUUGGUUGGGGUUAACAAUCAUGGUCAAACAGUGAUAUUUGCAUGUGCAUUCUUAAGUGAUGAAAGAACUGAAUCUUUUGUUCGGUUAUUUGAGCUAUUAAAGAAGAGCAUGCCUGCAAACACCCCAAAGAUGAUUAUCAUCGAUCAAGAUCCUGCAAUGACAAAGGCUGUAGCUCAGAGCUUACCGAAUACAUUCCAUAGGUAUUGUAGUUGGUACAUACUUGAGAAGUUUUCUAUAUAUUUAAAUGCAAUCACUUAUAGGGAUUUUUACAAGGAUUUCAAACACUGCAUUUGGGAAUCAGAACGUCCGGAAGAGUUUGAAAGAAAAUGGACUUCUAUCAUCGAAAAGGUGAACCUACAUGACAAUGAUUGGUUAAAGUCAAUAUUUGAAGUACGUUCAAGAUGGGUGCCGACACAUGUUAAUUAUGUAUUCUUAGCUGGAAUGUCAAGUAGCCAACAUGCAGAAAGCUCUUAUGCAUUUUUGAAGAGGUACUUUUCGAAGAAAAAUUCAUUGAUGGAUUUUAUACUUCGAUUUAAUAGUGCACUUGCACAUCAAUGUCACGUAGAUUUAAGUGCUGAUUAUGUUGAUAUUAAUGAGAAGCUUGUUUUGAAACUGCCAUUGGAAAUGGAGAAGCAAAUGGCUAAGAUAUACACACAUAAGAUUUUUUUUAUAAGUUUCAAGAUGAGUUGUGGAAUAGCUUAG